UCCACCACAUCCAAAUCAAAUACUCCUACUCAAUUAAGCCAUGGCCAAGCUUCUCCACACCCUAAUCUCCAUCGCCCUCCUCCUCGCCGCCGCCGCCAACACGGCGCGGUCCCAAACAACGUUCUUCAGCUACGACUUCUGGGGCCAGCAGCAGCCGAACCCGCUCCUCUACCAAGGCGACGCCUAUUUCCCACCGCAACACACCUUCCUCCGCAUGACCAAGACCACCGCCUCCGGCGCCUUGGCGACGUACAGCCUCGGCCGUAUCGUGUACCCGAACAAGAUCACGUUCUGGGAGGCCGGGGCUCAGGUCGACUUCGAGACCACCUUGAACUUCAUCAUAACCCCCAAGCCCGGCGACACGCACCCGGCCGACGGCUUCACCUUCUUCAUCGCCCCCUUCGGCUUACCCCUCGGCUUCGCCGGCGGCAGCUUUGGAAUCUUCAACUCCGCCGGCACCGCCUCUUCCGUCUUCGCCGUGGAAUUCGACAUCUACUCCAACGCUGGAGUGGAUCCCAGCUAUCGUCAUGUUGGGAUCGACAUCGAAUCAAAUGUUUCCAAAAAUGUGACCAACGUCGGCAACGCGUUGCUCGGGCAGCAGGUAACUGCCCGCAUCAACUACCAGGGAGCCACUAAGCGGAUCAGCGUGAAUGUCGUCGCCGGCUCACAAACAUACGAGGUGAGCUAUGUGUACGACCUCAGCACCAUUCUUCCUCAGCAGGUUCAGGUCGGGAUCUCGGCCUCCACCGGAGUCUAUGUCGCCGUGCACGACCUCAUCUCGUGGUAUUUCACUUCCACGCUCGUGCGUACUUGCGCCGCCGCGGGCCACGAGGAGGAAGGGUACAUCCAGAAAUAUGCGUGAUAUUAAAUUAAUUAUGACGUGUGCAAUCAAGUUUGGGUUGUAAAUUAGUUUAAGUCUAGAAAUAAGACAGUCGACUAUCUCUAUGUGUGAUUUCACGGCAACCAUGCUGAAGGUAAAAUCCGGCGCGAGGAGCAGGAAGGUGUUGACCGGCAACAUUAUUCGUCAGUAUAAUGUGUUAUUUUGUGAUGCGUGUGAGUGUGUCGUAAAUCAAUAAGGAUUGGGAAAUAAGAUAAUCAUCCAUCUCUAUGUAUAGACUAUGCAAGAAUGCUUUUGGGUGUCGUUCUAGUUCUAUGAACUUUGCAAGGUAAUCUAUAUAUGGAAGAUUUCUCUAAGGACUUUUAUCGAACAGUUGAAAUACUGUAUAA